CCACACCCACCGCCAUAACCCAAAAUCCAAAUUUUCUCUCUCCAAAAACUUAUUAAAACCACUCUCUUUCCUCAUAGAUUCCUUGCACCUUACUAGUUAAGUUCUUGGGAGCUCCUAGGGAGAGAGAAAAAAGAUAGAUAAUUUUGGAGUGAAAAGAAUAUGGCAAGUUUGGAGGAGGAAAAAUUAGUUCAAAUGGUUGAUGAUUUUAUUGAAUCAGCUGAUCAUACACCGAGUUCUUGUUCUUUUGCUAAUUCUUCAAAUUCUCUUCCUCUCAAUUCCAAAUCCCAUUAUUUUCUCAGCUUAAAGGAGAUUCUGGGGAGUGGAAUAAAGGCAGAAGGAGAGGUGGGUGAGACAGUGAUGAAGCACUUGAGAAGCUGGAAAAGUGAUUCUCCCAAAACCACUAGCAGCCUCAAGAAAUGGCUUGUGAUGAAGCUGAAAAUGGACGGCUAUGAUUCUUCUGAUCUUUGUCAUACCUCUUGGGUCACUUCCAUGGGCUGCCCAGCAGGGGAUUAUGAAUACAUAGAGAUGAAAGUGAAGGAUGAGUAUGGAAGUAGAAAAAGGGUAAUAAUAGACAUAGAGUUCAAAGCUCAAUUUGAAGUAGCAAGAGCAACAGAAGAGUACAAGCAGCUCACAGAAGCACUUCCAACAGUGUUUGUAGGAAGUGAAGAGAGGGUUAAGAGAAUAAUCUCAGUUUUAUGUUCAGCAGCCAAACAGUCCCUUAAGGAGAGUGGGCUCCACAUUCCCCCUUGGAGAACCUCCACUUACAUGCAUUGCAAAUGGCUGCACCGCUCUCACUCUAUCUCUAAUAAUAAUAAUAAUCAUAAAGAAACAAAUAAUAAUUUCAUAAAUAACAAAUAUUGGAAGCCUCCAAUGGUGAAGCCAAUUUCAAGAAGGGUUUGGGGUGGUGCCUCUGCCUUGUCCACUCAAUUUUCUAAUAUGAGUAUUAAUUGCUGCUAAUUAUUCUUAAUUAAACUACAUCAUCAUAUUUGUUUGUUUCAUCAUUUUGUAAGAUUAUGCUUAUUAAUGAUUUGGGUGAAAUAUAAAUGGUUAUGAAAACCAAAUUUAAAUAUUCUAAUUUUGUUCACUAAUAAUGAGUUUCUCAAUUCAAACUAAUGGGGCCAUUUAAGUCUUCAGUGAAUUUUUCAUAAUUAGAGUGGAGUCUCUAAUUAGGGCUAGGUUUUGGAGUUUUUGUGGAGGAGGUUACAAUUCACCAUGUUUGUAGGAAUCAUAUAAUAUAAUAGGAUUAAUGGUAAGAGAUAAUAAGAGGUGGGGUUGUUCAAA